CAUCUCCUUCAUCCUACUUGAAUGGGCUUAACUUGGUUUGCAGUGAGGUUGAAGAGUGGAUGAGGCACAUGGGCUCUAAGUCUUGGAAAAUUCUUGGAAACUAGGGGCUCGGGGACUAGUUUUGAAAUGUUUUUGUUUUUGUUUUAUUUUAGUUGGUGUUAAUUUCUUGUGUAUGCUGAGCUUUAGUGCAAUAAACAAGCAAGAAAGUACAAGCACCAUGACUGUGAAGAGAAAAAUGAAGACAGGACAUUUUGAAAUGGUCACCAUGCUGCUGUCAGCUAUGGUUCUAAUGGAUAUUUUCCAGGUGAAGGCUAAUACGUUAGACAUGGCAGAUAAUGCAUUUGAUGACGAAUACCAGAAAUGUACUGACAGGAUGGAAAUCAAAUAUGUUCCCCAACUGCUCAAGGAAGAAAAAGCAAGCCACCAGCUUUUGGAAGAUGUGUGGGAAAAUGCAAGAGCCAAAUGGGAAGCUCGGAAGACUCAGAUCUUUCUCCCUAUGAGUUUUAAGGAUAACCAUGGAAUAGCCUUGAUGGCAUAUAUCAGUGAAGCUCAAGAGCAAACUCACUUUUACCAUCUAUUCAAUGAAGCUGUGAAGACGGCUGGCCAGUCUCGAAAAGAGUAUAUCUAUGGCUUCCAGUUCAAAGCUUUUCAUUUUUACCUGACAAAAGCUCUGCAGUUGCUGAGAAGACCUUGUGAAGAGAGUUACAAAAAUGUGGUGUAUAGCACAAGCCAGGGCACUUCAUUUACCUUUGGAGGGCUAAACCAAGCCAGACUUGGCCAUUUCACCUUGGCAUAUUCAGCCAAACCUCAAGCUGCAAGUGACCAACACAUUCUGUUAACCAUUCGCACAUGCUUUGGAGUUGCCAUUGAAAAAUUUUUUGAUAAAAAAAGUGAAAAUGAAAGAAUUAUUUUAAUACCCCUGAAUGAGGUUUUUCAUGUGUCGCAGGAUGGGGCUGGCAACAACCUUAUCCUUCAAAGCACAAACAAGACCUGCAGCCACUACGAGUGUGCAUUUCUAGGAGGACUAAAAACUGCAAAUUGUGUUGAGAACAUGGAAUAUUUUCAACCCAUCUAUGUUUCCAGGCCUGGUGAUAAAAACCAGAAACUUGAAGACCCUGGAAUGAAAGGCCAGGAGCCCACUGUCUCACCUGGCAUGAAGAGCUAUGAACCCAUCCAAACACCUGGAAUGAAAGUUCCAGAACCUUUUCCAUUACCUGAAUAUAAAAGUCAAGAAGAUAUCAACAAUCUGACUCCAGCUCCAGUUCCAGUUCCAGGUCCCAAAACCCAUCCCUCUGCAUCCUCUGGCAAAAUGCUCCUUCCACUGUUUGGGACAUUCAUUAUUUUAAUCAGUGCUUCUGCUAUAAAUCUCUUUGUUGCUCUGUAGUCUGAUAUAUUCCUUAUUAGUUGAAAUACACUAUGUGGAUUCCACAGGAAAUGAUCAAAAA